GAGCCAAUUGAGGUAACGAGAAAGAAGAUAGAAACCGAUUCAAAAGAGAAAAAAAAAUGAGUGCAAGAGCCCCAUCUAGAUCAUAUGAUAUGAUUAUGAAAUUACUAUUAGUUGGUGAUUCCGGUGUUGGUAAAUCAUGUUUAUUAUUAAGAUUUGUUGAAGACAAAUUCAAUCCAUCUUUUAUUACUACCAUUGGUAUUGAUUUCAAAAUUAGAACCAUUGAAAGUAAAGGUAAAAAAAUCAAGUUACAAGUUUGGGAUACUGCAGGUCAAGAACGUUUUAGAACAAUUACAACUGCUUAUUAUAGAGGAGCAAUGGGUAUUGUCUUGAUCUAUGAUGUCACUGACUCAAGAACUUUUGAAAAUGUUGAAAAUUGGUACCAAACAGUGACCCAACAUGCAAAUGAAGAUGCUCAAAUCUUUUUAGUUGGUAACAAAUCCGAUGACGAAGAAAGUAGACAAGUUUCAAAAGAACAAGGUCAAGAAUUAGCCUCCAAAUUAAACAUUCCAUUUUUGGAAGCCAGUGCUAAAACAAAUGAAAAUGUGGAAUCCAUUUUCUAUGAAUUAGCUGGUAUUAUUCAAGACAAACACGUUGAAGAACAACAAACUGGUUCCAGUGGUAUUGACGUUUCUCAAGGUGGUGAUUCUAAUGGAGCUAAAGCCAACUGUUGUUAAAUUGUGUUUUUCUUUAGUAAAAUGUGUUUUUCAGUCUACUUUUUUUUUUCUAAUUUUCUUUCAUUAAUUCUAUUUUUAAUCCCUUUCUUUUUAGUUUUCAUUUCUUUCUUACAUUCAUUAAUGGUGAAUUGAGAUUUUUGGGAUGUUAAGAGUUUGGGUACAUCCAUCUUUAAUUAUCUUAGUCGUUUAUAACGAACUUUUCAACCUCUAUUUUAUUCAAUUAGUUAUUUGCCUUUUUUUUCUUUUUUUUUUGUUCUCUA